UUAGUUCGUGUGAUUGAAACAUGGGGGAAGCUGAAGCAGCGCAACCGGACGAUAAACACGUAGAUUCAGGGGUCUGUCCUGGUGAAGACCCGGUAAUAUGGAGCCAAGAAGUGGAGGUGUGUCUCUUCCACGCCAUGCUGGGCCACAAGCCCGUCGGAGUAAAUCGUCACUUCCAUAUGAUAUGUAUCCGGGAUAAAUUUAGCCAGAACAUUGGAAGACAGGUGUCAUCAAAAGUCAUUUGGGAUCACCUGGGAACAAUGUAUGACAUGCAGGCUCUGCAUGAAUCCGAAAUCCUGCCAUUUCCCAACUCUGAAAGGAGUUUUGUUCUACCAGAGGAGAUCAUACAAGAAGUGAAAGAAGGUAAGCUGGGGGCAGAGGAUGAAGUGAAGGAAGAGACGAAAGAGGAGAGGGAGCUGCCAUCAGCGCACGAAGAAGGUCUGGGUCCCAGUUUGGCUGGCCAGGAGUUUGAGAGGUAUGGACAGAAGAGCACAUUCACUCUGUUCCAAAACUCCAACAUGAGCCCAGUACAGACCAGCUCAAAAGGCCCCUUUUAAGUGACUGUGGCACAGACAAUGUGUGUUACCCCCCCUCCCUUUCUCCCCCCCUCCUUAGCUAAACACGACUGUCGGAUGUGUAUUUUUUGUGUGCUGGGGGGUGGGGGGAGCGACCGUGAGGAGCAUGGCAUGCCCAGUCAGAGAUGUUGUACGUCAUUCCCCUUGGUGGGUCAGCGGCGGGUCCAGGACAGCAGGCGAUGCCGCUGCUUUUCGAGGCGGCGCCAGUAGGGGGCAGUGCUUAGCAGCAGCUUAUGCGGGGCCACCUUGGUGUGCUCCGUCCCCACCUGCAUGCAUUCCCUCUGAAUGCAGCAUUGCGUUUCGCUUCUUAGACUCGCAGGUGUUGCUUAUUUGCUGUUCACUGUGCACAGAAUUACUAAUCUGGUGUGAUGCACUUUUCAGUGUCCAUCACUGCACAUCUAAUGGAUAACUGCCAUGAUUGGUGACCCCCCCCCCCUGCAUCUCACCCCUGAAUUUGAAUUGGCUGCACGCACCCAGCCGCUGACCCCCUAUGAGCAAAAACACUCAAGUAAUUCUAGUUCUGAGGAACCAGGAAGCGUCCCUGGGUUGUUUCAUCUUGUGUGUUUUUUGGCUCCCUUUGACUUUCGUGUUGCACUUGUCCUAAUUGUUUCUUCAUCGGCCCGAACUCACAGCGGAGGAGUUUUCAGCCGUGCUUUCGAUUCACAGGUGUCUGUUUCCCAUGGGGAGUGUAGAUGAUCACCCGAAUGACUAAUCGGCUCACCCUGUACAUUUAAAUUUCCUGGAAACGGGUGCUCUUGCUGGUAUUGGUUGUGUAAAAUGAUAAACUCAAAAUGUAACUUAUAAUAAACCAUUAAAGAUGCUUUCAUACACUGUAACACUUUCAUCACAUACGAAAAAGCAAUGGGAGGGUGGGGGGGAUCUCUCUGCCUUCUUAUCUGAUCUUGGCUGCAGUGUAAUCUUGAUGUCUUUGGGUCUUUGAAGCACUUUAAAGAAAUGUGCAUCCCUGUAAUCACUGGACAUGCCUGUGAUGUCUCUUAGCUCACAGGAAGUGAGCGUGACAUCCCUUCCUUUAGUUUCUGUCAGCCGGUCGAUUUGCACCCCCUUGACCUGCCUGGUCUGUCCCUUGCAGGCAGCAACUCGUCGGUGAAGAUGAGCGAGAAGGCCAACCACAGAGACAAGGAGAGAGACAGAGAGAAGGCUUCCGGUGACGUCUCAGCCAAGGAUGCGGCAGACAAGCGGAAGAGGAACCGGGCCACUGAGAAGGUGCUCAGU